AUGGAUAAGUUAUAUUUGAGCCUUGGGUUGGGGAAAUCCGCUAGAUCUUCUAGACCGAGGAUCAGCUCACCUUGCUAUUGGUUCGAGGAGAAGCAGGACUCGGUUGCUCUUGCCAACUUUUGUUUUAUCUCCCCGUCGGAACAGACCAAUACCCGCUUGUCCGGGACUUUUCCCCAAAGCAUUCAGCCAAUCUGUCCGGUUGAGAUGCCGUUUUCUGAUUGGCUUCGCUCGUCAGACCGCUACGCGCGUGCCAAUAGUCUGAUCCCCAUAGGCAUCAGACACACCGACAGACAUGGAAACAAACUGACAGACACAUCGGCGCCGUGUCCGGCCGCACAGACGCAUGCACAAGCCUUAGCUGCCUGUGGUCGGCCGGUCACCCCCUGUCUUGUUCUCUCCCCUCAGGCCUUUCUUCGGCUCCCAACUCGCUCAUUCGUCGUACAGACCGGCAUUGAGCCUGUUUGCGCGUUUGUUGCCGCGGCUACGAAGGCUUUUCUCCGCUUUCCUUUGCACCUUCACAUCGUGUCUACUCCUCCCAACCGGCUCCGCUACUCCCCAUCACUUGUCACCACGGCAACUCAUGCCUGCCGACCCUCGAGCCGAGUGAAGGCGAACAACCGAGCCGACGCCAUC